AUGGCAUUCAAAAACGGACUUAGUGAACGCCUCGACGAGCUGCGAUUCCCCUCUCCGCGAUCCCCUCCUUCCGAAUCCACGUUCCCUGGCUACAAUGCGCUUUCACCGAGCCAUUCCAACUUCGUGUCGGCAUUUUCGCGUCCAUCCCAUGAUGUGCGUGCCAAUCUCCAGCGCCGCUUCACUACAGAUUCUAGUAAAGUCUCGUCUUCGUGGACCUAUAUAAAUGGUGUUAGUGGCGGUGCGCAGGCACCGGAUCCUCUUGAUCUCCUGUCUUCGUUUGAGAAGAAACGUCAGCAUAUCGAAUACAUGCGCGAACAGAGACGGAGAUUCGAAGAAGACAUGAAACUCUUGGACCUGCAACACGAGAAGGAGAAGCUGGAAAUGGAUCAAAUUGCAAAGGACCUCGCCAAAGCUGGUUUAUCGGGACCGGUCAGUGAGCCGACGACACCGCCGGAAUAUCAUGAGAGCAGCCUUCCUGGCUUCACCCGUCCAACUCGCUUCUCAACCUCCAGUGUCACUUCAUCUCCUGGUUUCUUCAACGUCUUUGCACCAUCUCAAGUGACAACCCCUCCAAGCCAAGUCAGCCAUAGCUCUGCUCAGACUCCCACAAACCGCUUUUCUGUUCACUCAGUCCCUGGUUCUCGAAGAAAUUCGGAAAAGGAAGAAUUCAGCCAGGAGCCUGCCUCUCCCUUUCGCCCUGGACCAUCCAUUCACCGAUAUUCAAUGCCGUCAUCUGGGUUAGGCUCCCAAAUUCGCCCCAAUAUAACUUCCUUCGAACGCUCUUCAGGCCUUGAGUCUUUCAACGCCGCAAAGUACUUAUUUCACAACGAAGACGAUCGAUCAACGUUGAAGGACGACGACCGAAUUCCGACGCCUGAUAUCAAGAGUUAUCUUAAAUUGACAGACCCAGACGACAAAUUUCCUACUCUUUCACGACGGGACGAUUCAGGCUUGCUAUCUGCGAACUCGGACGCUCUAGACCUAGCGAACUCGCGCACCCCUAACCCUGAAACUUGGAACUCCCAUAGCCGUCACCGUACCUCGCACCAGAGUAUGCCUCAGAACGCCCUGAACAUGUUUCGUCUCGAACAGCUUGGGGCUUCUGCGGAAGACAUCCAUUCUCACUCAGCCACCCCUGCGCGUCACACUGCCAGGCACUCUCUUGAGGCUAACAUCCUCUAUACCGCUGAUGGCAACAAUGAAAGCCUGUCCGCCACAGCUUUAAAUCGACCUACUUCUCUGCAGUCCUCCUACUCAACCAACGACCUUCCUACGGUCAAAGGCGAUGCCUUCAACCCGGCCAUCACACCUCCCAGAACUCAUGCUGAGCAAUUCCAGCAGCACAAUGCCAGUUUGGGAAGGAUUCCCGGCACUAGUCCCACGAAUCGCCUACCCAAGGACUCACCUGAACACGAGGCAGCCACACUUCAGGGCACUCGAUCCCAGCCAAUCACUCUCCAAGCCAGUGCAGCCCCCUUCGGCCCGCAGCUCACCACUGGAGCCAGCACCGUUAACAGCAACAUGGCUGCGCCGACCACUCUGACACCCUUCCAGCAGCCUUUCUACGGCUACGGUAUUCAACCCUUCAUGGCUCCUGCACAGAUUCAGGCCUACAACCCGACGGCUCCCUUUAGUGGCUAUCCUGCCGCUUAUGGAAAUUUCCGCCUCGGAGAAGCUCCAGUCAAGGUGUCUGGCACGCGUCGGAGUGGUGACACGGACACCGCUCAGCUGUCUCGCUUCACAAACUUCCCGCUUGAACAUUAUCGGGGCGAGUUGUAUGGCCUCUGCAAGGACCAACACGGUUGUAGGUAUCUACAAAGAAAAUUAGAAGAGCGUAAUCCGGAGCAUGUUCAGAUGAUUUUUGACGAGACCCAUGUGCAUGUUGUCGAGCUUAUGACAGAUCCCUUUGGAAACUAUUUGUGCCAGAAACUGCUGGAGUAUUCCAAUGAUGACCAGCGCACGGCUCUUAUCAACAAUGCUGCCCACCAGCUAGUGAAGAUUGCUCUAAAUCAGCAUGGCACUCGAGCUCUCCAGAAGAUGAUUGAGUUCAUUUCAACUUCAGAGCAGACUCAGACAGUGAUCCACGCUUUGAAGGAUCAGGUGGUGGAGCUGGUUCAAGACCUUAAUGGAAACCAUGUUAUCCAGAAGUGCCUCAAUCGUCUUUCUGCAGAAGACGCCCAAUUCAUCUAUGACGCUGUUGGCGCCAAUUGCGUUGUCGUUGGGACCCAUCGGCAUGGAUGCUGUGUUCUGCAGCGUUGUAUCGAUCACGCCUCCGGCGACCAGAGGGCAAACCUUAUCCAUCAGAUCACAAACAAUGCCUUCGCGCUUGUACAGGACCCUUUCGGAAACUACGUCGUGCAGUAUAUUUUGGACCUUGCAGAGCCUUCUUUCACGGAACCGCUGUGCCAGACUUUCCGUGGAAACAUCCCCGCUCUGUCUAAGCAAAAGUUCAGCUCGAAUGUGAUUGAGAAGUGUUUGCGCACUGCUGAUGUCCAGGUCAGACGCCAGCUUAUCGAUGAGAUGCUGGCCGGUGCGGAACUCGAGAAGAUGCUUCGGGAUUCCUUCGCCAAUUAUGUGGUGCAGACAGCAAUGGACUUUGCGGAUGCUGAUACACGUACACGAAUCGUUGACUGUAUCCGCCCUAUCUUGCCAUCCAUUCGCCAAACUCCACAUGGACGUCGCAUCGCCGGCAAAAUGUUGGCUUCCGACGGCUCCGGAAGGGGCAGUGCUACCACCAGCGGCCAGGUCACGCCCAACGAGGUGAACUCGGCACAGCUUCCCGGCCCUUUGCAGAGUCCCACACAGAAGUCUUUCUUGUACCAACACAGCCCUUUUCCCGUUCCUAAUGUCGGUUCCCAGUUCGGAAAUCAGACCUAUGCAUACGCUCCUGGCUCCGUCACAGCCACUCACGCCGGAGCUGGCGACAACCCCAGCCAUUUCGCUUCAGCUAUGCAGCAGCCUGGUGGCAGCCACAGUACGCAGAAUCCAGCUCAAAUCUCUAGCCCCUCCAGCAUCGUCGUCCACGGCAUCUCCGCCACCUGCAAGACCACCAUCGUCCGCCAUGUGCUCGCCGCCCUCGAGAUCCCGCACGCCCUCGUCCGCAGCCCCGAGUGCAUCACCGGCCGCCACCUGCUCACCAAGAUCCUCUGGGCCACGUUGGAGGCGCUGGGCAAGCGCGACGAGUGGGAGAAGUACGGCAAGGGACGCUGCGAGCACGUCAGUUCCCUCGCCGUGCUGCUGAACGAAUGUCUCGCUUCUGUUUCUUCUUCCGUAUCGUCGACCGAGCCGGCCAAGCGCACCGACAAGUUCGUGCUGGUUCUUGAUGGUAUCGAUAAACAGAGGGAGGCGCCCCCUACGCUACUUCCUGCGCUGGCCAGAUUGGGAGAGGUGAUCCCCUCGCUAUGCGUCGUCCUCAUACUUAGCACUACUCCCCGGCCGCUGUUCUUACAAUCCGCCGGCGUCCCGCAUAUCAGUUUCCCGCCGUACACACGCAACGAAGCCACGGCAAUCAUCCUCCACGGCGGUCCGCCGCCCGUCACCGCCGGCUUGUCGGACGCGGCCGCCUCGACGCUCUACCCGCAUUUCGUGUCGGCCAUCUACGACUCCCUGGUCGGUCCGACAGCCAGCUCCAUCCCCAGCUUCCGAUCCAUCUGCGAGAAACUGUGGCCGCGGUUCGUGGCCCCCAUCACCACGGGGGAGAUCCCGCCGGGGGGCACGGGGGAGUGGGAUUUCACGCGGCUGCUGGUCAAGAAUCGCGCGCUCUUCCGGCAUCAGGGUGAGGGGGCGCUGGUGCAUCAUAUUGUCACUGAGGAGGAUGGGGAGGAUGUGUCGGCCGUCUCCUCCAGCAAGCCGAGAUCCUUGUCUGCCGCGUCGGCCCCCUCCCCGCUGCCCUCCCUACCGUACUUCCCCACCCUGAUCCUGACGUCGGCCUACCUCGCCUCACAUACCCCGCAGCGCCUGGAUACGAUCUUCUUCUCCAAGUUCUCGUCGACCUCGCUGUCCGCGCGGAACAAGCGCGCCCACCACCGCCGGCGGCUGAAGCUCCUUUCGCGGGCGCAGCUCGAGGAGGCUGCGUCGUCGACGGCGACACCGGGAAGCCGGAAAAAGGGCAAGCGCACCAAGACGAAGAUCACCAAGUCGACGCUGGAGUCGGCGUUUGCCACCUCGUCCGCGACGACCUCCGCGGUCGGCGGCGGUGGCGGUAUCACCGGCCCUUCGACCAUCCUCACUGCGCGGCCGUUCCCCUUGGAGCGGCUGGUCGCCAUCUACCAUGCCAUUGACCCCAACCCGCCCGCCAACCCGAUCCGGAUGGCGGCGGUGUCCGAUGCGAUCUAUGCCGAGUUGGCUACGUUGCGGCGGCUACGGUUGGUGGUGCCUGCGGCGGGUCGCGAGGGUCGUGUGGGCGCAUUGGGGUCUGGCGGGUUGAGUAGUGGGAAUACCACGUCGGAUGCGGGGGAAAAGUGGUGUGUGAAUGUAUCGGGGGAUUGGAUCGGGGAGUUGGCGAAGACAGUCGGCGUGGAGGUGGGAGAAUGGUUGGCGGGUGGUUUGGAUUAG